UUGUCAAUCAACGCUAUGAACCGGAAGUACAAAAUCCAGGAGGAUUUAUUGGUAGCAACGUGCUUAUUAAAUGCAAUAUACCAUCCUUUGUUAAGGAAUAUGUUACUGUGACGUCAUGGCUACAAGAACCUAAUUUUAAUAUAUAUCCAUCACUAGAGGGUGAUGGCAAAAAUCAUAUGUUGCCAACCGGGGAACUUCUGGUGUACAAUAUUACGCGCACCGAUGCGCAUAAAAUUUAUCGCUGCCGGACUCAUCAUAAGCUGACGCAGGACUCUGUUGUCAGUAGCAACGUAGGCAAAAUUCAAUUAACUGAAAUGCGGGAACUUGUUCCACCAAUAAUGAAUGAAAAAGUGAUAACCGUCACAGCUCGAUUAGGGGAUCCAGUUGUAGUACCAUGUGUGGCAUAUGCUAAUCCAAAACCAACAUACCGUUGGCAGACCAAACGGUCGAAUAAUGAGGAAUCCAUACAGCACUUGUUGGCCACUGGGCGUGCAAAAAUCAAAGAUGGCACUUUUAUAAUAACCGCAGUGGAAAAAUCGGACAGUGGAGCUUUCUAUUGCACAGCUACGAAUUCUGAGGGCAGCGAAACCCUAGAGGUGCAGAUGUCAAUCACUUCGCCGCUCACAGCAAGUAUCCAACCCACCAUACAAACAGUGAAUUUGGGAAAAACUGCGGAUUUGAUCUGCAGCAUAUCGGGUUUUCCGAAGCAAAGUAUACUGUGGCUAAAGGACGGACAACCACUACGUUCAGGUGCACGUGUGCGCUUACUCUCCAAGGAGCACAUACGUAUCACAUCCAUAACGAAGGAAGACAAGGGCAUGUACCAAUGCAUCGUAAAAAAUGAUUUGGAGUCAGUGCAGGGCACUGCAGAGUUGAGGCUCGGUGAGGUGUCCCCGCAGCUAAUUUACAAGUUCAUUGAGCAGACAAUGCAGCCUGGUCCGUCGGUAUCUCUGAAAUGCAGUGCUACUGGCAAUCCUACACCAAAGAUUGUAUGGCACUUAGAUGGUUUCCCACUACCAAAUAAUGAUCGUCUUUUGAUUGGACAGUAUGUUACCAUGUUUGGCGAUGUUAUAAGCCAUGUCAACAUUUCCGCUGUUAAGUCAGAAGAUGGUGGGGAGUAUGAGUGCAAAGCAAUUUCACGGGCUGGUGAAGCUUCGCAUUCAGCACGCUUAAAUAUUUACGGUAUGCCGUAUGUACGCCCAAUGCCAAAAUUGUCCGCUGUAGCGGGUAAAACAUUUUUCCUAAAAUGUCCUGUGGCAGGAUAUCCCAUUGACAGCAUCAUUAUAGAAAAAGACGGCAUCAAGCUUCCCACCAAUAUAUGACAGCGUGUGCAAAAUGGCACCCUACUUAUAGAGAAUGUACAGCGCACCGCGGACCAGGGUACCUACACUUGUAUUGCACGUAAUAAACACAACUACACAUCGCAACGUUCGGUGGAUGUCAAAGUUUUGGUCCCGCCCAAGAUUACACCAUUUUCAUUCGCCCGCGAUCUGAAUGUCGGCGACCGUACGAGCAUUCAAUGUGUCAUUGGCACCGGUGACCUACCGCUCACAUUCACUUGGCUUAAGGAUGGACAACCGCUACAGCCGGCAGCCGCGCCGUCUCAAACCAUUAUGAUGAAUACACGUGACGGCGGCAGUGUUAGCGGUGGGCUUAGUGGUACCGGUGACGUUGCUGCUGCAUCGGGUCCCGGCGGCCCACAUCAGGCGUCGGUAGCAGUAAUGACAAUGAUGACCCGCUCAUCGCACAAUGAACCGAAUGACGAUGGUAGUAGCGGUGGUGUAGGCGGCGGUCAAGUGACAAUUCGCCAAAAUGAUGAUUUCACCAGCGCCCUCAGCAUCACAAGUGUGACGAGGGCUCAAAGCGGCACAUAUACGUGCCGCGUUCAAAAUGAUGCCGCCACUGUAUCGCACUCUGCACAGCUAAGAGUUAAUGUGCCACCACGUUGGAUUUUAAAGCCCACCGAUCAAGAUGCCAUACUCGGCAAUCCAGUUGUUAUAACAUGUAAAGCAGAUGGUUUUCCAGUGCCUACAGUGCAAUGGAAACAAUCGAUUGGUGAAUCCGGUGAAUAUCGUGAACUAAGCUAUGGCAUUGGUAAUGGCAACUCACAAUCCGUCAUUGAAACAUACAACAAUGGUUCGCUUAUCAUUCCAAAAGUUGGUAGAGAUCAUGAAGGUAGUUAUCUCUGUCAAGCCAGUAAUGGUAUCGGUGCAGGACUAAGUACGUUAAUUAAACUAACCGUACAUGUUGGGCCUUCGGUCACAAUCUCCAAGAAACAAAUGACAGUGCGUCGUGGUGAUAGAGUUACUUUACGUUGUGAAGCAGAUGGUGAUCAGCCAUUAGAUAUAUCCUGGCGCGCCAAAGCAAAUCGCAUUGAUCCAUCGUACGAUAUACGUUAUCAUAUAAAAGACUCUCCACUGAGUCGUGGAAUUGUUUCGGAGAUGACUAUAUUACAAACAACUCUUAGCGAUCGUGGAGAAUACUCUUGUAUUGCAAGCAAUACAUAUGGUCAUGAUCGAGCUAUUAUACAUCUCCAGGUGCAAGAACCACCUAAUUUUCCGGUAAAUUUACACGUAACAGAUUUAGGAAGUCGUUCAGUUACACUUGCUUGGUCACCAAAUGAUCAAGAUUCGAUAAUGAUGGGUGGCGGUGGUGGAAAUAACCGAGAUUCACAACCUAUAUCCAAUUAUAUACUUCAAUACAAGAAAGCAAGUGAUGUCUGGCAUGAACAUAACAAUCAAAAAUUACUGCCAGGUGACAAAACGACUGCACAGAUCAGCUCAUUACGUCCAGCACAAGCAUACCAUUUUCGACUUUAUGCAGAAAAUCAUUUGGGAACCAGUGCACCUAGUGAUAUAUUAUUAGUACAAACAGAUGCUGAAGUACCUAGUGGUCGUCCUCAGGACGUGUCUGCCGAACCUUUAGGUGCCCAACAAUUACUAAUAACGUGGCGACCACCCGAACGCGAAAGCUGGAAUGGUGAUUUACUUGGUUAUACUAUUACUUAUCAAAGACAUGGUACCGCAGAUAGUGUACAAAAUUUUACAAAAGUUAGUAGUUUAGGUGGAGAAGGUUUAAAUGAUUUUCGCCUUACUGGUUUGGAGAAAUAUACUCCAUAUUCAGUUACAGUCUCAGCAUUCAAUAUAAAAGGUGAUGGGCCACCUAGUGAGGUUGCUAUAGGUCAUACCUUAGAAGACGUGCCUUCAGCACCACCUCAAGGUGUGACAUGCAUUGCACUUACAGCUCAAAAUAUACAAAUUUCGUGGCAAGCACCACCUAAAGAGUCUAAUCAUGGUAUUAUACAAGGGUAUAAAUUACUUUACGAACCUGGAAACAUUGAAUCGGAGUAUGGAGCUCGCGAGACAAAAAUAACUUCAGCCUUGAGUACUGUUUUGCAUGGACUACAACCAUUUACAAAUUACAGCGUGCAGGUACUAGCGUUUACUCGAGCUGGCGAAGGUGUAGUGAGUCCAACCGUGUCUUGUACUACAGAAGAAGCCGUUCCCGAUGCGCCUGAACGUGUUAAAUCUGUUGUAAGCAGUGAAACAUCAGUAAUAAUAAGUUGGCUUCCACCAAGACGACCAAACGGUAUUGUAACGAAAUAUAAUGUAUACAUACGCAUUCUUGACAAAGGUCAGGAGUUAAAAAUACUUAAGGAAGUACUUCCAGCGCAUAACCGUCAUUUUGAAGCGAAAGACUUAACAACGCGCGAAACCUACGAAGCGUGGGUUACUGCAUCAACAAGAGUAGGUCAAGGUCCCAGUACUCCGGUGAUUAAAUUAAUACCAAGCGCUUCAAUACCAGCCGCGAUUAUAUCCUUCAGCCAAACCUUGAGCGUCAGUUGGCGUGUAGACAUGAAGUUAGCUUGUGUGUUUGUAGGAAAUCCAAAACCACAAACAGAUUGGAAGGUACUCAAUGCUCGUUCCAAAAAGCAUUUCCGCUUAGAAAUCAGUAAUGACAAUACUUUAACAUUGCGUAACAUACAACGCACCCAUGAGGGCAAUUAUUCUUGUGUGGUAAGGAAUGCAAUUGGUUCUGAUCACAUCGUAUAUCAGUUAUUUGUGCAAGUACCACCAGCUGCCCCAACACUUUCAGUUAUUGGCAGUACUACCAACUCAGUAUCUUUACAAUGGCGUGUUGACGAUAUAGGUGGUGCUCCUCUGCGUGGUUUCACACUUACUUUUCGAAAAGAAUUUGGCGAUUGGGAAGAAAUUCAAUUAGAUCGCCGCAUAAGCUCUCAUCUGUUGGAAAAUUUACAAUGCGGUACUCGAUAUCAAUUUACAAUUAUGACAUUCAACAAAAUUGGAACUAGCGACACUAGUGCUAUUGAGACGGCGAAAACAAAAGGUAACAAGCCUAUUGGACCACAUAAACAAAGCUUUAUACGACCAAAUAUUACAUCCGCACUAUUGGAACUGUCUUCGUGGCAAGACGGUGGUUGCCCAAUAUUAUACUUCAGCAUAGAGUUUAAGCGUUAUGGUAUUUCUAGUGAUUGGAUUAUUGUUUCUAGUCGUAUAGAAACACACACUCGAUAUACAAUUGGAGAUUUGGAAACUGGGGCACCAUAUAAUUUACGUGUUACUGCUCAUAAUAAUGCUGGCUCAACAGUCAAGGAAUACUAUUUUGAAACUUUGCAUUUUAAUGGUGUUUCCGCUGACUUGGAUCAGACAGAUAUGCCAGAAGUGCGGUCUUUGUUCAGGGAUGCUCAUUUAAUAGCGGUUAUCAUAACAUCAGUCUUUGGUACAAUACUUGCACUGGUCGGUGCAUGCAUUUGCUUUAAAAAUUAUCCCCGCCAAUUAUUUAGCCGUAAUGUGGAUUCCAUGCGACCAAAUAGUGGCAGUGACGGAAAGGACAUACAACAUCGUGAACAAUAUUACGGUACGGUGCGCAAAACUUGCCAGCAAUCACCACGAGAAUCGGUUGCUGGACUUGAGCGCAUUCCUGAAUACUCUGAAGAUAUCUAUCCUUAUGCUACAUUCCAUUUACCAGAACAUGAAAAUCAAUCGGCCAAUAUACCACUCAACCGAAAAGGAAUGCAACCCAUGUUUGAUCCACGCUCCGGAGAUGAUAACACACUUACAAGUUCUGGUGCCAAGGUUAAACGGUCAGCUUCAGCAAGUAUUGGUGGUGGCAACAACUCUUCAAGUGCAAAUAUAGGUAAUAUGCCCGGGACAACAUCAGCAGAAUGUAGUCACACUAAUACUGAGAAGCGUCAUAAACGGCGUUCUAAAGCAAUCAAAUCUGAAUCGGAAGAGUACGACAGUCUCAACAGCGAUAGCGAUUUAAGUGGAGAGCGUAUACGUGAUGACUCGCGUAGUGGUAGAGACUCUAACAAUCAAUUAGAUGAUUCAGGAUUUAAUCCAGCUCACGGUCACAGUCCUCGCAGCGGUAGUAAUAAGGAACGCCUGUCGGUUUUUAGCAGGCCGCAACUUCAUAGUAACAGCAUGGACCCCGUGCCCUUCGACUACCGGCUCUUUGACCCGCCACCAAAGCAGCACAAACAAUCAAAUUCAGCAACCGCAACAGGCUGCAACUCGUCGCAAUCUCCACAUCAGCAACAUCAUCACCAGCGACAAACAUCAUCCACAUCUUCCCAAAAUUCAACCAACAAUACAAAUAUGCCCAGCAGUGUAUCCAGCAAAAUUCGAGCAAAAACUACCGAUAGUAAUUCCAACAGCAGCGACAUCUCCAAUGACUUCCAAUGCACACCUGGCAGCAUCCCCCCCACGCAUAUUGUCCAAUCGGGUUCAUAUAUCGAAAUACUAAAGCAAACAACAGCGACAUCUACACCUAAUAACGUCACCACCGCACAAGAACGUUUAAAUCAAAAACGUAAUAUUAUGCCAUCAUUAGCUUGCCAUAAUAAGAGCUAUGGCGACUUUCUCACCAUAACUCCACGGCGAAAGGGUAAACUAUUAGCAACAAAUUAUGACAAAAAGCAACAUCUCAGCGGUGCUGGCGUUGAUGUCCAAGACAACUAUCGGCACCAUCUGCCACACAGCAUUGAACCACUACAUUUGCUAGGCAUACCAAAUGACAACAUGUCGACAUUUUUUGAUUAUCGCGCAAUGGAAACUCUUAGCAAUGCUGACACACUUGCCAUAGGCUCGACUAUGGCUGGACAUAUGUUCCCAAAAGGCAAAGCUUAUGACACCAACAUGCAAAACCUAAACGCCAACAAUUUCAUUGGCGCGCAUGCUGGCACAACUGUACCAGAUGAAUUUCAACACAUAAUAUCCGAAAAGAAUUUAAGCCCUCCCUCAGCAUUUAGUGACAACAUAUCUAUGGGUAAAGCUUAAGUCUGAAACAAACUAGAAUAAAACUAGCAUAUUCAAACAAUAUUAAUCGUCAAAAUAAAAACUAUACCAUUAGAAAUUAGAAGACAUUAAGGAACCAUUAUAGCACGAAAAAAGGAUCACACAACUAUCAUGAUCUGAUCAUCACAGAGAAAGUUUCCACAAUUUCAGAGUACAUCGAUAUGUGCCAAUUGGAAAUUCACCAUAGCCGGUUAUAGACUAUAUGAAAUAUUUUAUUAGCCCUGAGGGUCAAUAGACCAUUCUUAUAUAAAGAUUUUUAGUACACAGUUAAGUAAUUAUUUAAAUCUGAAAUUGUAUUAGAUUUUAUAUUCACUUCAAGGGACUUGUUUCUUCAGCAUCUUUCUUUUUUAAUUUAAUUUAAAUUUAGCUGCGGAACGAAAAGUUAAAAUUUCACAGAACAUAGACCAAAGCAUAUAAAACAUAUCGAUAUACAAUUUUGAAAUGGUAAUAGACCUGAUCACCAGAACUGAAAUUAGAAGAAUGAAGAAUUCUGCAUAUCACAUAGAUCAGAAUGUGUUCUCAAUAAAAUAAAAUGUACGGUUGUGGCGUCAAUGAACAAAAAUGACUGUUUAUACAGACUUAAAAAACACCCUACAAAAACAUUAGUCAAUAUCUGAAAAUCGAUUAAUAUAUAAAAAUUAUUA